AUGGAUUGUAGUUUGAAGUCUUCGUCUCCAAUUGGAUUAGAAGAAAGUGGAAGUGGUGGUGAAACUGCUGCGUUUUCAAAUAUGACUGACAUUGGUACUUCUCAAUUGGCAAGGAAAAAACGUGAUUUUGUUGAAUCUUCAUCUUCAUAUAUUGCUUCUACCGUUCGUAGUGUGAAGAGUAAAAAUGUUGACAAUGAAGUAUAUUGGGAUAUUGGUGAUCCUGAUUGCAAGUGUUCUGUUUGUGGAGCUUAUUUUUGGUAUGAAGAGAGAAUUGCAAAAGCAAAAAAUGCUAAACAUCCAACAUAUACGUUAUGUUGUGGAAAAGGGAAGAUUCAACUUCCAAAAAUGACAUGUCCUCCAAAAGUAUUGUAUGAUUUGAUUUUUGGUGAUAAUUGUAAAAGUAAGCACUUUCUUGAAAAUGUUCGUUCUUACAAUAACAUGUUUGGGUUCACCUCGAUGGGUGGUAGGAUCGAUCACAGUUUGAAUUUGGGUAAAGGUGCUCCUGUUUUUCGUCUCAAUGGUCAGAACUAUCAUUUGAUAGGUAGUUUGAUACCGUCCGAUGGAAUGGCUCCAAAGUUUGCUCAGCUGCAUGGAGAUAAUGGUCGUCAAUUACAUAGUGAAAUAGUGCAAGAUUUGCAAAAAAUGAUGGAUGAACAAAAUGUGUUAGCUAAAUCGUUUCGCAUGGCUCGGGAGAAAAUUAAUGAAGGAAAUUUAGGAGAUGUGAGGUUGAGGUUGAUUGGUAAGAGAGGUAAAGAUGGUCGAAUGUAUAACUUGCCAUCUGUGUCUGAAGUUGCUGCACUGGUAGUUGGAGACUUGGAUGAGUCAAUUGGAGAUAGAGAUAUUGUGAUAGAAUUUAAAAGUGGCCAGUUGAAACGAAUUACUGAGCUUCAUCCAUCGUAUCUUGCAUUGCAGUAUCCAUUGAUUUUUCCUUAUGGUGAAGAUGGAUAUAGAGAAGAUAUUGAGUUUUCUACUUCGGUUGGAUCAUCUACUUAUGCUCGACAGAAUAUUAGCGUGAAAGAAUAUAUUUCUUAUCGAUUGCAUGAGAGACAUGGCGAGCUAUCUAUAUUGUUGUUUUAUAGGCGUCUUUUCCAACAGUUUGUUGUUGAUGCUUAUACUAUGGUUGAAGCUGGUAGACUUCGGUACAUUCGAUGUAAUCAAAAAAAGUUGCGAUGCGAUGUUUAUAAAGGUUUGGCAGAUGCAAUAAUGAGGGGAGAAAAUGAUCCAGCCACUCAAGGAAAAAGAGUAAUUUUACCUUCCAGUUUUACUGGGGGUGCUCGAUAUAUGUUUCAAAAUUAUCAAGAUGCAUUGGCUAUAUGUAAUUGGGCUGGCUAUCCGGAUUUGUUUCUCACGUUUACUUGCAAUCCCAAGUGGCCAGAAAUUACAAGAUAUCUAAGUGAUAGGAAAUUGAGACCUGAAGAUCGUCCUGAUAUAAUUUGUCGAGUUUUUAAGGUGAAGUUAGAUAAUUUGGUUGCAACACUACGCGAUAACAGUAUAUUUGGUGUUGUGAAAGCAGUUGUGUAUACAGUGGAGUUCCAAAAACGGGGGUUGCCCCAUGCCCAUAUUUUGUUAUUUUUGGCAAGAGAGGACAAAUAUCCUGGUGCUGAUGAUAUUGAUCAAAUUAUUUCUGCCGAAAUUCCAGAUGCUAAAAAUGACCCUGAAUAUUAUGCUGCGGUAGAAAAUUAUAUGGUGCAUGGUCCAUGUGGCAUAGUUAAUACUUCUGCUCCGUGCAUGGUGAAAGGUCGUUGUACAAAGUUUUUUCCUAAAAAGUUUGUUGACACAACUACUGUAGAUGAUGAAGGAUAUCCAGUGUAUAGAAGGCGGGAUAACGGUCGUGUUUUGCAUAAGAAUGGUAUUGCUUUGGAUAAUAGAUAUGUGGUGCCGCAUAAUCGAUAUUUGCUUUUGAAAUACAGGGCUCAUAUAAAUGUGGAGUGGUGCAAUCAAUCACGAUCAAUUAAGUAUUUGUUCAAGUAUAUUAAUAAAGGACAUGAUCGGGUUACUGCAACGUUCUACAAUAGUAGCAUGGAUGGUAGAUCAGAUAAAAAUGUUGAUGAGGUUAGUCAAUAUUAUGAUUGUAGGUAUAUUUCAUCAUGUGAGGCUGCAUGGAGAUUAUUUGGUUAUGAAAUUCAGUACCGAAAACCUUCUGUUGAGAGAUUAAGUUUUCAUUUACCGGGGGAGCACCCCAUAGUUUUUUCAGAAACAGAGCCAUUGGAAGAUGUUGUUCAACGGAAAAAGGUGAAUGAUAGUAUGUUAUUGGCUUGGUUUGCAGCAAAGGGCGCUACUUGCUUCGAAGAUAUUCGAACUGUCAAUGGUGUGUUGUAUUCAAACUUUCGAGAUGCUUGCUAUGCUUCUGGAUUAUUAGAGGAUGAUAGAGAGUAUAUUGAUGGAAUCAUGGAAGCAAGUAAAUGGGCUUUACCUUCAGCUUUGAGGAGUUUGUAUGUAACUUUACUUGCAUCAAAUUCUAUGAGUCGUCCACAUGUUGUUUGGAGUAGCUGUUCGAAAGUCAUGUCUGAUGACAUACUACGCAGACAACGAAUUAUACUUGAUUAUCCAGAUUUAUUAAUGACUGAUGCUGAAAUUGAAAAUUUGGCGUUGGUUGAAAUUGAGAAGUUAUUGAAGAGUUUGGGCCGAAGUCUACGUGAAUUUGAUUCGAUGCCAUAUCCAUCAUUUGAUUCGUUGAAGUCUUCAUAUAAUAAUUUGAUCGCUGAUGAAUUAUUAUAUGAUAGAGAAAAAUUGUCAUUGGAGCACUCAAAGUAUCUUUCGAAGUUUACCGAGGAACAAUUUCAUGUUUAUAAUUCUAUAAUGACAUCGGUUACUUCUGGUGUUGGUGGAGUGUUCUUUGUAUAUGGAUACGGAGGUACUGGAAAGACUUUUAUUUGGAAAUCAUUAUCAGCAGCAAUUCGAUGUACUGGUGGAAUUGUUUUGAAUGUAGCUUCGAGUGGAAUUGCAUCUUUAUUAUUGCCCGGGGGAAGAACAGCUCACUCACGAUUCAAAAUUCCAAUUAAUGCUAAUGAAGAUUCUAUAUGCAAUAUUAAGCAAGGAAGUCCAUUGGCGGAACUUAUGGUGAAAGCUAAACUUAUUAUUUGGGAUGAGGCGCCUAUGAUGCAUAAACAUUGUUUUGAAGCUUUGGAUCGAACUUUGCAAGAUAUAAUGCGAGUAUCUUCGGAAUCUAAUUUAGAUUUACCGUUUGGUGGUAAAACUAUUGUAUUUGGUGGUGAUUUUCGACAAAUCUUACCAGUGAUUCCUAAAGGUUCUCGACAACAAAUUGUGAAUUCUACUAUUAAUUCUUCUUACAUUUGGAAGAAUUGUAAGAUUUUAAGGUUAACGAAGAAUAUGCGACUUCAGCAAGCAUCAUCUGUUGACGAAGCUCAUGAAUUGGAAGUAUUUUCUUCUUGGAUUGCUGGUAUUGGAGAUGGUACUGUUGGUUAUUCAAGGGAUGGCCGUACUGUUGUUAAAAUACCUAAUGAUAUUCUAUUGCACAAUUCAGGAGAUUCGUUGCGUGAUAUGAAUACAUUUGAUGGUCGAAAUUACUUGAGUUCGGACACUGCAUGCAGAUCUAAUUCAAGUAAUAGUUUAUUUAAUGAAUUUCACACGCCAGAAUUUUUGAAUGGAAUCAAGUGUUCGGGUACACCUAAUCAUCAGUUAUUUUUGAAGAUCGGAACUCCGGUUAUGUUGUUGAGAAAUAUAGACCAUGCUAAUGGACUUUGUAAUGGAACUCGAUUGAUCAUCACAAGACUUGGAGAUCGAGUUUUGGAAGCGAGGUUGUUGAAUGGUCAUAAUGCUGGAGAUAUUGUUUUAAUACCUAGAUUGUCGUUGACACCGUCAGAUCCAAGAUUGCCGUUUAAGUUCCAACGGCGACAAUUUCCAUUAGUUGUGUCUUAUGCUAUGACUAUUAACAAAAGCCAGGGUCAAUCUCUUUCACACGUUGGUUUAUAUUUGAAGAGACCUGUGUUCAGUCAUGGUCAAUUAUAUGUAGCUGUAUCAAGGGUUACUAAUCGUCAAGGAUUGAAAAUCCUGAUAUGUGGAGAUGGUGUUGAAGAUGAUGAAUAUACCGAAAAUGUUGUUUAUAAGGAGGUUUUUCAUAAUGUUUGAAUAUUUAGAUUUGUAGUUUAUUAUUAUUUUUACAUAUAUUGUUUAUUUUGUUGUAAUAUAAUGA